AUGGCCUCAAAUCCAAACACCUGCAAUCAACGACCACUCUUUCUCCAGGCCAACCUCCUCGUCGACCACAGCGUGCCCAAGCCAAUGGACCUCAGCCCCAAACCCCCAUCUGACCAGACUCCACCUCCACCACCACCAGCACAAACCCACACCGGGUCGCCAACGGACUUCCUCAAGGGCGUCGUCGGGAAACACGUAAUCGUGAGGUUGACUUCUGGGGUUGACUAUCGAGGAAUAUUGUCAUGUCUUGACGGAUUCAUGAACAUCGCGCUCGAGCAGACGGAGGAGCAUGUGAAUGGGAUCGUGACGAAUCGAUACGGGGACGCGUUCAUCAGAGGGAAUAAUGUACUAUAUAUCUCCGCUGCAGAACCAAUAUGA